AUGGGUGGUGUCACAAUCCUGCCGGUGGAACUGCCCUGGGUGGGGGCAGAGUGGCUCACCCGACAGCCAGCCCGCGUGUGUCUGAGGGAGAACGUGGGCAGUGUCCCCGGGCACGAGGAUAUUCACCUGCUCGGGGGCUUUGCUUUGGGAACUGACGUUUUGCGGGGCGAGGAGGAGCGUGUGUUUGAGCACCGCAUCGUGAUGCUGUUUGGAUUGCUGUCUGCUGGCUCUGCUGCUCUCCUCUUUCUUGAGCAGCGUCUGUCCACAGGGUCAAACUGGAGAGUGCUCACUGAAGACAAACACGGUUGGUGUGAGCAGGGAAGAAUGAUGAAGUCCUCGGUACAUGCAGAAGAAGAUGACUUUGUGCCAGAGCUUCAGAGAAGCAUCCAUCCCAGAGAGCGGCCAGACUGGGAGGAGACCCUCAGCGCUAUGGCAAGAGGUGCAGAUAUCCCUGACAUUCCAGGGGAGCUGCCGCUCCGGACCUGUGGAAGCACAGCAAGUAUGAAAGUGAAGAACGUGAAAAAGUUAUCCUUUACCAAGGGUCAUUUCCCGAAGAUGGCCGAAUGUGCGCAUUUCCAUUAUGAAAACGUGGACUUUGGCAACAUCCAGCUUUCGCUCCCGGAGGAACAGAACGAAGUGACGAGGAACGGCUGCGAAUCCAAGGAGCUGGUCUACCUUGUACAGAUCUCGUGUCAGGGGAGGAGCUGGAUCGUGAAGCGGAGUUAUGAAGAUUUCAGAGUGCUCGACAAACACCUUCACCUGUGUAUUUAUGACCGGCGCUUCUCCCAGCUCUCCGAGCUGCCCCGCUCCGAUGCCCUGAAGGACAGCCCGGAGCUUGUCACCCAGAUGCUGAUGGCUUACCUGUCACGUCUCUCGGCCAUCGCAGGCAACAAGAUAAACUGUGGGCCAGCUCUCACAUGGAUGGAGAUUGAUAACAAGGGGAAUCACCUGCUAGUCCACGAGGAAUCGUCCAUUAAUGUUCCUGCUAUCGCUGCUGCCCAUGUCAUUAAGAGAUACAUCGCGCAAGCAGCGGACGAGCUGUCCUUUGAGGUGGGAGACAUAGUGUCUGUUAUCGACAUGCCACCCAAGGAGCUGACCACGUGGUGGAGAGGCAAACACGGAUUUCAGGUUGGAUUCUUCCCCAGUGAGUGCGUUGAACUAAUUAACGACAAAGUUCCUCAGUCGGUGACCAACUCUGUGCCGAAACCAG